UGGCGGUUUACUACUGGGAUACCGUUAAAUAUCCGUAUUGACUUUAAAUAGGAAAGUUUCUUCAAAUAUCUUUACAGCGGGAAUUGGAUCGUUGAAAACAGGUAACCAAAAACACAACAAUCACAAAAAAGGUAAGGACUCUGAUGUUUUAGACAGCAUGUGAGAACAGUUGACUUAAAACAUUACACAUAUGCAUAAAACGGUAAAUAACCUGUAAAAUAUAAAUGCAAAUAAAACAAAGUGUUAAUACAUCCACGCACAAUUAUACAGUGUGGGUCACUUAAAAGUUUCCUUCCUUAAGUGCCCUCCCAUCCCCAUAUUAUCAGACCGGGAGAUAUGGAAGUCCAGCUUUUAUAAGCUAUGAAGGUCUACAGUGAAGUCCCUUUAACCUGACCAUUAUGUUAAAAACAACAGAAAUGAACUAGAAAAUAAAAUGCAGAGUUAGAAGAGAGGUGCGCCAAGUGCACGCAAGCUAGUCGCGUGUUUGAACGCUUAGUCACAAUGUCUAUCUCUCUCUUAAAGACUAGAUAGUAUCUAAGCUGUCAGAGCCGGAAAGAUGAGAUGUGCUCGGGACUUCAGCUGUUUCCUGUGUUUGUGACAAAUUUGUUUCCUCUCGUUAUCACCCCCCUGCUCUGUAUAAACCUCUCAUUUCAUCUCCAUGUACAGAAGCGCUUGUUUUCUUGAGGCCUGGCUGUGAGUAGUGUAAGCUAGGGAGGUUGAAUGGUCAGAAAAACAAGUCAAUGUAGUGCUUUAGUUGAUUCUGAGCUGAAACUAAAGCAAGUGCACACUAUAACUACAGGAGUCAUCUCUGAAAUAAACGAAAUAAAGUGAUGAAGCACUGGAAAGGAGAAGGGGAGAGAGAGAAGCAAACAGAAAAGCAGCGACUAGACAAGAAAUUCAGCAAUUCCAUAUUUUAUGUUUCACUGCAAUAUACAAUGUGAAAAAAGACAAACCCACCCUGCUUAAAUGAGGCAAGAUGCAACUAAAAUACCUUUUAGCUAAUGUCGAUGCUUAGAAAUUCAAAAACAUCAAACAUGGUACCAAAAAAUAUAUAAAUAUGAGAACAGUUUGUACAUUGAAUUAAAAGUUGAUGUUGCGGGUCGAGCCCAUGAUUAUCUCCCUUUGACCACAGUUAUCAAAGUUAUCUGCAUUGUUUAGUGUUCACAUGCCUUUGGGUAAACUGUUCUUGUUCAGACAAGUCGUCCAACGCCUCACUUUACCUAAAAUCAUCAUCCAGGGCUCUGUGGAAGGAAGUCAUAGCCAAGGUAAACAGAGGAAGAACUGGAUGGCGGACGUGAAGGAUGGUCCUCCAUGACUGACCUGCAAACACCUCCCAAGACCGUCUAUGGUGUCUCUUGCGAGAUGCUGAGUCUGGUCAGGUCCCUUCGACGACAUGGACCGGCGGGACAGUUCAACUGGCUUUGAAGCUUAUCUGGUGAUCAGGUAGUAUCAGUCAAGGUAUGGAUGAUGGUGAUGGUGAUGGUGAUGGUGAUGAUGAUGAUGAUGAUGAUGAUGAUGAUGAGGAGGAGGAGGAGAAGGAAGAGUUAUCUACACAUAAUUAUAACACACAGAAAUUGGAGACUAUUUGAAGGAAAAUAUAAAAACAAAUGACAGGACACCCUGGAUUAAUUAGUUCAAUGAGAUGAGAGAGAUGCAGAGCUAAAUAUCUCCGUGUUUUUAUAAACCUUUAAUCAUAAUAGACAAACAUAUUGAAAAGUAUGUAAAUCUGUCAAACAAAAGGCAAGUAAGGUAAAACAAAGAGUAAACGUCUGGAAGACGUGGUGUAAAAACGACAGGAAUGAACAUAAGCAACCCAACAUCCGCCCUAAUUGCCAGUCAAUAGUUGUACAAGGACAUGUUGUUACUUCCUCAAAGCCAAUAAGCUUCCUCAGUCAAUGCCAUGUUCUAAGAAAUAAGGAACACAGGGAUUUUCUUGUUACUUGUAUUGUUACAAAUCAAUUGACCGCAAAAAUUAGACAGCCCUGUGACGCAGAGCAUAGUACUAUUCCAUUAAACCGUAUAAUUAGUCUUCAGAGCAGGAGAAGAGACUGUGUUAUCUACUUAAUAAAACCAGAGAAAGAAACAAGUCGAGAUUACCAGUUAACUUAACUCCAAACAAUUAAACUGAGUCAACCUUCUGACAAAGAACAUCAUUCUAAUAAUUGAUGAACAGGGAAAUUUCUUAUUAAUAAGGAUUACUAACAAUGGGGUUUGUACUCAAGAACGGCUGCUUACUUCCUACUAGUCUUUGUAAGAGAGUAUAUUAUAAAUGAUCAUUUCAUUUGACUUUACAAUACAGUUUCAGUUUAAUCAUUGCUAUAAUGGUACUAUUAAAAUGAUAAUUUGUCUUCUCGCCAUAAUACUUGUAGAAUCAUCCUUCCUAGAACAACAAUUAGUUCCAGAAGUACAGAGAGCCUCUUCAUCUUUAUUCUACAUGUCCCAAGUAUUGUUUAUUUUGGAAUAAGGCCUUCUUGUUUUGCUAAAACAAAAUUAUUUAAAUAAAGCACACGAGGAUUGCUAUGUUAGCUCUUCAUUGGUGCAGAUGGAGUGUGAACUAGUUUUCAACAAAGGUGGAGAAUCUAGUUUUAAUGAAACCCUACGCCGGCAGGAAAAUGGAUUUAUAAAUAUCAGUUAUACUAUCAACCUUACAGCAACCUCUCUUUCUUCAGACUCGUUUACGUACAUCUACGAGGCUUGUAAUGAAAAUAGGAAAGAAAUUAGUUGCAUCUUCGAAUGGAGAAAGAAAAGAAGCAGUAGCUUUGGGAAGGUGUUCGGUGAAAGGACAGGUGUGAUUUGCUUUGGGGAGCAACGAAACCUGAGCAGCUCUGUAGUGACUUUAGAUAUUCACAUUUCUCAGGUCGCCAUGAGGUCACUCACUGUCAUGAAGCUUUCCCCCGAGGUAGUACACAUACCUCAAAUAACACGGAUAAUACGUGUUGAGGUGCUAUAUCCUCCUAUUAUCACCAGUCUGACUGUGGAAGGACAAGAGGCUAAUAACGAUUAUGUCGUCGACAAAGGUAAGGAGGUGAAUGUUUCCUGCUUUUUCAAGCAGGGGAAUCCUCCAGCCUUCUUCUAUCUGCUGGAUAAACAUGGAACUGAACUGAAAUCUUCACAAGAAGGGAUAUUGAGCCACUCUCUUACUGCCCAGUGUGAAGAUGACUGGCCGGUAGUCAGAUGUGAAGGCAACGGGACCCUGCAAAAUAAAUCUGUAACAUUCCUCGUCAGGUGCCCUCCACAGUUUGAUGAAAAGUCUACAAAAAUUGUUAGUCUUACUUUAGGUGAGUCAAUGUUUCGUGUAAAGGCUUACACGACAAAGGUCACUGGAUGUUUAUUAACACCGAUGUCUUUAAAAGAUAACACCACAACGGAGGUGAAUUGUGUCCUUAAAGGCCAACCACCUGACCUCAUCCUAUGGGUUAGCCUCACAAAGGAAAUCAGCAUCUUCCAUGGAAACUGGACAUUGACUCUUCGUAAUGAAGAAGGUUCUUCCAGCACAGCAUUUAGUGUCAUGGAUAGUAAGUAUCAAACAUUAAUAAAAAAUAGUAAACGAAAAACAUUUUCGUCAAGUGAACAAAUACAAAUAAUUUUUUUUAGAAGCGAUCUAGAAGUAAACGACAAUUAGAGCAUACAGAGUACAUACAUCAGUAUUUACUUUUGUUUUGUCAAAAUAAAUUGUAAUAUAAGAUCAACAACCAAGAGGUCAAUAUUGAUGUUGAUACUUUUAAGUUUUGAGAGUUUCAGCCGAUGAGAGAAAUACGACAAUAUGUCUUAUGUUUGUAUGUGGCUUCACAUUUUGGAUCUCUUUCAGUGCAUGGUGACGGUGUUUUUGCUUCUCGGGAAAAGAAGGGGUGUAGUUACUCAGUUUUGGGUAAAUAGUAUCUUGCACUGAGCUUUGCGCAGUUAUUAGAAAAAAUUCCCAUCGCCAGUCUCGUAGUAAAAAUUAAUUUUUUUUUUACUGCAGAGCAUACAAAUACCAGAAGCAUAUUUGAUAUCUGAACGAUAUUUAACAAAAAGCCAACUUAACCAAGCCAAAGCACUCUUAAUUGCAAUCAAAAAUACAAAAGUAUAAAUCCACAUCUCACGAUCUUGUUUUUAGCUGUUUAACAUAUACUUACCAUGAGGUAUGAAUUCUUGAACAAAUCAUCAUUGGACGGGAUUUAAAAAGCACAUAACGGAAUAAAUAUAUCGAGAAAACUCAGAAGUGAAAAACUAAGAUCCAGUCAAGCGUAGAACUUGGUUUAUAAAAGGGUGGAUUGCUGUCGGUUUUCGUGUACCCAAUGCUAAGUUUAUUAGGUAAUGUGAUUUGUCACCUACACUGUUGUUUUGAUAAUUGUCCCCAUUACCUGUCACUUGCUGGAUAUAUCCAUUACUACUUAGCGACGUCAACGAGGAUGAAGUCUAGUUAAAAAAAUACUGAGAUGUUUUUGAAAGGUGGAUAUGAAGAAACUAAAGGAAUGAACAAAUUAAGGUAAGGGCACGUAUAAAUGCUUGAGAUAACUAAAAGUAUGUGUCAUAAUAUUUUGUGUACAUUGAAAUUUUAACGUGCAAAAAAUGUGCACCAGUCGCAUCCGUAAUUUGGGGCAAGGGAAAUUAAUAAAAAAUCUGCUUUUUUUUAUAGCUUUGGGAGAUUUUCCUUUUUAUGUCACACAUACCAUACGCCCAUCUAUCACUCCCAUUUUUGUUUUAUGGUCUGCAAGUUCAAUUUAAUGUUAUCAUAAGUAAAUAUAUGCAUUUAAUUUGCGUUAUUGCAUUUUUGUUACUACAGGAAGCUGAAGGAGCUACUCAAACUGUAAAGCAAACUGAUAUGUGCCCAGAACAUGUGCCCACGUGUACCUUGUGAUGACAAAGGGAAGGUCCAACAGCUCUUCAUUUUAAGUAACUGCAGUAUGCGAACAAACUAGAAGGAACUCAAAGUAUUUUGUUUAGUUUUUGCGGUUAUGAGUGGCGCAAGACACAGUUUAUCAUGUCUAGAGGUUGACACAGCGUUGAACAAGAUUUUUUUUAUAUUGCCGUGUAUUAAAUUGCAUGAACAGCCCUGUUGCACAAAACCUCUUCCCUCCAACUGUAUAGAGAAGGUUGGCACAAUACAAGUUCCAUCUGCACGUAUAAUAUUAGGUUAAAAAUGUGUAUACAUAUAUAUUGUUUCUUAACUUGACAAAGCAUAUUUCAAGAGGUACGCGGAAGGUAGUCAUCAUUGUGGCAAGCAGAAGAGGAAUUGGCUUGCAAAUAUAAAAGAGUGGACAGGUCCUUCUGAUGGCAACAUAAGGCCGACGCCACCGGGGACACAUCAUCUCGCAUCUGCCCGACGAGCUGUACAGGCGGUACACGGAAAUGUUGAAAGCAUGCCUGGCCUUGUUGAUGCCGCUUUUGAUGCCAUCAUCUGCUCCACCCUCCUUGUUGACAAUGCUUCGCAUAUACGUGAAGCGAUCUGUUUCCAGGAUGUUCUCUUCUUGAAGUUGGAUUGGGAGUUCAUGCUUGUUGUUGAUUCUCAUGACUUAAAAUUAUUUCCAUUUAUUUUUCUCCCCUCUGCUACAAAAAGUAAACGAAUUUAUAUUCUA